CAGGUGUUGAUUCUCGUAACGUACCAUGCAAUUCAAGACAUAUUGUCAAGCCUACCAACCAAACAACCGAGCCUUAGACAGAGAGAUCUAGUGUCGCUUAAUUCUCAGUGAUAUGUUUUCGUUCGGGGCGCUUGGGUCGCUAUUGGUACACGCGGCCAGCCAGUGAUAACAAAACCGCUAUGGAAAAUCGCAUCUAUGGCUGAACUAACUUUCUUUCCCUAUGUUACUUUGGCUUAAUUAUGGCAUUAAGUCUUAACACAAAGAAGUUGAUUAUACGGAUUGUGUUAUUUCUCGUCUACCUUCUUGUUGGAGCUGCCAUUUUCCAAGCAAUCGAAAUUCAGUAUGAAAAGGACAAACGAGAAGAGCUUCAGUUCGACAAGGUCAGAGAAAAUUUCGCGGUUAGACACAAUAUUUCAGACCAUGAUAUGAAAGAGUUCCUUGGCAAGCUCAAGAAGGCAUUAGAGCUUGGCUUCGACUUGCAGACUGUGAAGUUUCAGGAACAGUGGCAUUUUAUGAACGCCUUCGUUUUCGCUGGAAAUGUAGUGACGACCAUUGGUGAGUGAGAUCAUGGGCUACAACUUUGUUGGGAUAAAUGAUCUUCGUUAAGCGCGCAUUUUCACGCUCCCCCUAAAGUUGGCUUAAAACGUGCUAAGCGUUAAUCUGCCUUAGCAACAUACGGAGUGAGAGAGACGUAGAUUAUUCACCACAUAUCACUUGCAAUUUAGCCAAAAUCGGCGGUUAGUUAAGUACUGGGUUGUUUGAUUGCAUUGUUUACAAGAAGAAACGAAUAUUCGUCAAUUGGGAACAGCUACAAUUUUUAGGGAGUUGUGUCGGCAUCAUAUGGUCGAUUUCAUACUAUUCGGUCGAUUUUGGCUAUAACGCUGGGCAAGCAGCUGUGUGUUAUGGUUGUUUAAUAUUUAAAUUUUUGGGCUUUAAACGCGGCAAACAAAAAGCCUCUUCCAAAAAGCUUGUACGAACAUGGCAAAGAAAAAAGUUUUAACUUGUUGUAGCUUUUAACUGUGGUCUCUUUUACACUAGCUAUUAGGGUUUUUAUUCACCUCACAAAAUGGAAUUGAAUAUGCCACAAUUGGUCGACUGCGCAUAAACAUCUCAAGAGAACUUAAGAACCAUCUUUUGUCUUCCAAUAUUUUAAUUUUUCACCCUCGUAUUCCAUUCUUUAAUAUUUGGCUACGACGCGGAACACGAGCUCAUAAGCCAGACCUUUUUUAGUCUUCUCGGAUGUUCACAAUUUCCUCUCGGCGUAAUCGUGUAUAUGCAUGGUUAUAUCAUUACGCAUUACGCACUCGCGACUUGUAGUAAAAAAACGUACGCUAAGAGAUAAAAAACGAAGAAACAAAUUACUAGACUAUUCAAAGGUCAAUCAUUGACAAGGAGACGGGAAAAAAUCUUGCUUGCGGCGGACUUUAUGAAAUAUUCCAGCCAUUUGCCAAAAAGGGGUUUAUUGUGCAUAUAUUUAGCUACGUGUAAAGUUUAUAUUUUUGAUGUCCUUGUUUUUAUUUGACCCGCCUGGCGCAACCUUGCCACAAGACGCGAUGUGGUAGUUUGCCACAACAAAGCCCUCAAAUGUUUUAGACAAACAAGAUAGGCCAGGGUUAAGUAUUUCUAGGCUGCCAUGCUAAUUUAUAAUAAUCAGCAAAUAAGAAAUUUGGCCACGAUGUAAGAAACCGUGUCUUAGUUCUAGCUAGCAGUUGUACUGGUAACGUGAAGUGUGCUCAGACAACUAAGUUUUUAUCAUGGUUGUAUUUGCGAAAAAAUUGCGAUGACAAAACACGAGCUUAUAGUUUGAACAAAUUAAUAACAGACUCGUCGGCUUUAAAAUGGACUUGUAUUUAACUUUACGUCGAUUCCAUACAAAUAUUUGAAGGAGCUUAACGCAGCUUUAUGACAUCUCGCGUGGUGAGUGAUCAUGGUAGAAAAGUCAACAGUCGCAUCUUCCAAUAAUAAAUUACUCGCGUUUUUGACAAAAAAGCCGGGCAAAAAAGGUUAUAAAAAUCCUUACGACAAAUUAGCAACAAUAAGGUGCCCACGGAUGGCUUGAGUAGAAAAUAUGAUUUGUCGUGCAGUAAACACUUGAUGUUCUAUUUCUUGGUAACGCUUGGUUUUGUAUGUGUUUCUUUCCGCAGGUUAUGGACAUAUUGUACCAGCUUCAUUCUGGGGCCGCUUCUUUUGUAUAUUUUACGCCUUGUUCGGAAUUCCUUUAACUGGAUUAACCCUUCGUUCUGUUGGAAACAGUAUCUCCGAGGAAAUUAGAAUUGCUGUAAAAAACUUCGAGAGGAGAGUAUACAACAGGGAAGCAGAGAAACUUGAAAUCAAGACUGCAAUCAUUGCUUUUAUUUUACUCAUAGCUAUUGUCGUCUUUCCAGCAAUUGGUUUUCACCGUUUAGAAGAAUGGACUUACUUUGAAGCCAUCUAUUUUUGCUUUGUAACUCUUACAACAAUAGGGUUUGGCGAUUUUGUGACCGGAAAUGUGAAAAAAGACUAUUCUAGUGGUGACAGCGCAAUUCCUGUAGUUUUAGAGUUCCUCAACUUGAUAUACAUGGUGGUGGGACUAGCGGUAAUGUCAGGUGUUAUAGUUUCAAUUAGCGGCGUUAUCGAAGAAAAAACGAAGAAUAUGGCUAUGCCAGAUCCGUUGGAAUCUCUAAAAGCAAUACAAUAUGCAAAUCUUAACUCUAAAGCUAUGCGAAAACUGGGCUAUAAAAUGGGUCCAUCCCCGUCCAGCGAUGAUGCUCGGCAGCGACAACAACAUCAGCGACCUCCGAAAACGAACUCAUCCACGCCUUGUGCAAUAGACCCAAGCUCUAAUCGAGAUCGCAGCCAGUCAGCGGAUAAAAUGGAUUUUCAAGGGCCGACGCCUAUACUACACUUGAAUAAAAAUAGCACCCUUUGUGAUCGUACGAAUAGCGCAAACGAAUUGACAGAAGGUUCUAACAAGCCUAAAUUAAUGUUCAACAACAAAGUCGUACCCAUGGUGUCGGACAGCGCCUGUGAUUUACCCGACAAAGAAGAGCGGAGACACUCUAGAAUGUCCUCGUUCGACAACAAGAGCGAUAGUCACGAUGAAAUAGAACGUGAACUUGCGCCGAGUAAUAGUAACACCCGAAGAAACACAUUAACAGAGAAGACAGGAAGCAGAAACGAGCUGGUAGGUACUGCACAAGUUUUACUUAGUUAAUAAUUUAAGAUUAAUAGGACUCGAUGGAUUCGCCGCUAAAUUUUUAUCAAAAAAAGUCCGUUUGAAGGUAAUGUGUUAACACAUGUUAUUCUUAACCUAAGGCUACUGUAAGGUCUCAAAGUUCUGGCUUGGAUUUUCCUAUCUGCUUUGAGUUAUUGCUAAGGGAAACACGCCUAUUGAAUUUGAAAAAGCCACAGUUUUUUUAAGUCGAUUAGGAUUAACUAAUGGAGUUCUAAAGACAAGCUUUAAUGACUUGCAUGUGUUUUUUGCUCCGAAUACGACGAAGAUCUUUUGUUAUUAAAAAGGAGAAGUUUGAACUUGUUUCUUUGCGCGUAAUGACAUUCUUAAAAUUAAAAAAUAUGUAUAAUGUAUUCUUUUAAUUUUCGAAUGAACUGGAAGCUUUUUGAUAUUGCCCAUGCAUGUCAAAAAUAAGCUUUACGAGAAUUUUAUACUCAACUAAGGUUGGGAGAACACUCACAAUCUAACAGAAAAUGUAGUAAUUUUUUUCUUUUUGUGAAAUCUCACACCUAGUGUUGUGGUAAAAUAUUAUUUUAUGCCGAUAAGUGUGGUUCCAUCGAAAACAAAGACGCUGCAGAAUUAAACAUAAGCAUGUCAGUUUUUCAAUAGGAGCACCUGCAAGCCAGUGUAUUUAAGUCAGAAAUGCUUAGAAAUUACAAUAAGCUGAUCUCGCAUCAAUAUUCAGUGCGUCGCUUAAGUUCUCUACUAAAUAAUUCUUGGUAACAAUAGUCCACCUUUUCCCAUAAUCUUGAAGUUUAUUUAUUGUUAAUUUUUUAAUGAUGGUUUUCGCUGUAUCUGCGAAACUGCCGUUGCAUUGGUUGGAGAAAAACGAAGAACUUGCGCUGGCCGAAGCGAAAACUUGUAUGCUAAAUACGUAGGUCAUCUUUUUUUUAAGGAACUGAUAAUCGCAUACUGGGCUUUUGAGUUGGACAGCCCGUAAAUUUUAAAAUAAUUACGCUGAACGUUACAUGUAUUUCAUGGAAAAGUUAAAUGGCCGUCAUUUGUUUAAUGCGCGUGUAUGUUAGAGGCCAAGGACUGGUCUGAUAUAGAGUUUCACAUUUGCGACUCGGUCACGUAUAUUUUUAGAGAUUUUCCCGAGUGGUUAUUUUAAUUUAUGACGUUUUCUUUUCUCAGCUGUUGUCUUGAUGGUCUUCACGCAUGCACAAUAAUAACCUGCGACCAGCAAUACAUCCAAUCUCGUUUCCAAGGGCCGCGAUCAUUUUGGUCAGCGACGAGGAUCACUGACCAAAAAGAUCACAGCCUCUGGGAACGAGAUUGCAGUACAGAAAAUCCCUAAAUAACAAUGACUGAGGUUAUGUGCCCGCGAGACUGAGCAGCCCCCCCAAACCCUUGUUUUCACUAAAACCGCUAAACUACAUUACAUCAGGGGUAAACCUGCGUUCUGCGCAUGACUGGCCUGGUGAGACCUAGUAUUAAGAUGGGGUUUGGCGUUUGCGAAAAAUUUGAAAAUUUUGUCAUCGCCAUUUUUUCGUUUUUGCAACCUUGUUCGCAUCUGAGAGGCGCGAAAUUUUUUGUUGAUGUUUUUGACAAACACACUCAGAGUGGGGUGAAAUAUUAUCUGCUCUAUCCAUAGGCUUUAACGGCGACGACAAGUGCGUUUUUAAAAUUGAAUUAAAAGAAGUAAAUCUUUGGUGCCCGUUUUUCCAAAGUGUGUCAAUCGGGCCCGAAAACCAAUACAAUAGAACCGACUUAGUCAACGAAACAAGAUAUUUUGCUUAGAAGGCUUCAACCCGCACUACCGAAAGGUUAAUUAGACUUAUCGUAAAAUUGUUCCCCAAUCUGUUCAAAUGCAGCAAUUUCUUAGGGGUCAAUUUCUCGAAAGGCCUGGUACAUUUUUGGGCCCGAAGGUAAAUUUAAGUCAAAACCUGUUGAAUGUUUCUAACCAUAAUUUUUUGCUCCAUGGGUUAUAGGUGGUUCAAGCACAAAUCACCCCUCUUCCAACACCUCGCGCUUCACCAGCGACCUCCCCUGUUCCAACAGAACACGAACAUUUAAAUCCAAGGGAAGAACCUUCACUGGAGGUUGAAGAACAAAAACUACCUUUCAAUAGCAGCUUUGAACCAACAAAUGAAGAACACACUCUGCAAAAUGAACUUCCACCCGUUGAAGUGAUCGACAAGGGCGCUGUGACUUUAAAUGGCUUUGCCGGUCAUUCUAAGGGGUCAUCGAGAGAGGAGAACUUAGAAAUGACCCAAACGACUCGUCAUACGAUAAACAGGUAGCAAAUAAAACGUGGAGAGCAAUAAUUCCAAGGUAAUGCUUGGAAAAGGUGAUCCGUGACCUGAAAGUGGAUAGGAUUAUCCCGGAAAAGAAAAAUCGUCAGCAUUAUCCGCGAUGACCUAAAAUGUGUGGCCAGCUCAAGAAACCAAGCAAAAGUACCUUCCAAACACGCAAAGAGGUCGGUGAACAAGGUGAAAACUUGAAGAUGUCUCUACAAGAUUGCUAAGUGCUAGGAAAAGGAAACAGAUUAUGGAUAAAGCAGACCUUAAUGCAAGAACUGGUGGAGUCACCUAGCCUAUUCGCGCGUCAAUGGCGCCUCAUCCCUUUUCUUGUUAGUGCCUGCCAGCUUGGUUACAAACCGAAAAUAUAGCACCUUAGAACAAGCACCAAGGGUAAAGAUGACGACACGAAAUUGCCCACUUCAGAUACUCUAGAGAGAAUGGGUACAAGCUUUGGGUGCAGUGGAUUCUGGGAUGGUUUGUGUGGACAAGCGUUAGUUAUGAUUGGUCGAUGGUGUUUAAGACGACCAUUAACCAAUCAUAAGUAAUACUUGUCCACCCAGAAGAUUCCAAAAAUCGUUGCGCCAAAAGACUGUAGUCAUUCCCCUCAUAGCCCAUAGUUUCUGCAAUAAUAACGAAUUUGGGAGCGAGGAGCAUUCUAUUGGAAAACCUUACCUACCCUCCGCACUAGUCAACUUUAAAUCGCAUGGCUACAACAAAUAUAGCACCAAGUCACGCUUCUUAAAUGCGUUCUCUGUCAGAGGAGAGGAGACGUCGUUACGUCACCUUGCUAUGGUAGCAAAAUUUCUGGAUCUCAACAAACCGUAGAUUAGUCUCCUUCGCAGCCGUUUUUAGGCUCGUCACGCAAUGUUCACGCGUUGCGUGACGAGCCAAGGCUGCGAAGGAGACUAAACAAAUCGCAGGCCUGCAAAUAUGGCGGAAACAAAACGAAAAAAUUGCCAUUUAUGACUUUCCUGGCGUGAGCAUGAUUGCAGCCAAGAUAUGAACCGUAGCCCAUACUUUCCUUCAAGCGUUCGUUAACGUAAAUGGCCGCCUCUGUUGAAAGAUUGUUGACAGCUAGAAAUUUUCUUACCAUGGUAAGGUGACGUUGUACGUUUUCUCUUUAUUCUGAAGGCAAAGUAUCGCGGUUUAGCCUUUUCAUCGCACAUACGUGGACCGCCCCGAUAGAAACGCUCCUGAUUUUCCAGAUUUGUCCCCGAUCAUCCCAGACGAUCGGGAAUAUCUACGAUUUCGAGUUUUCAUUAGUCAGGAAAAUCUGGGACGGUCGGCAAAUGGUAAAAUUCCCGAUCGUCAGGGAUUUUCCUGACAUACGAAAACCUGGCUUAAGUGCGGACAAGGUCACAUUGGACAAGAGCAAGAGAGGCUUGACAAGAGUUAAUGCAACAGGAGAACAAAUUAUUAUGAAUGGAAUGAACAAUUGAACAAAAGAAAUUAAAAAGGAGAAAAUUAAAUUUGAAUAAAACUGUUCUUUACCAGAAACAUUUUCUACAAAUUUAGGAAUUUUUCAAAUAUUAUUGUGCCAGUGGAGAGUAUCUCAAUCAUGUGGCAAUUUCAGCAAUCUAAAUAAGGGCAAAACUUUUCUAGAGGUUUAUAGCCACAUUUUUAUAUUCCCGUCCUUUAAAAACUUGUUUUUUAAUUAGUUUAAAGUAUUUAAUAGAUCCUCGACUUUAAUAUCUACACUAGCAGUCGCCAAAUAUGGCAAUUUCUCAGUUUCAAACGUUAAAUACAAGGAUUAUAAGGAGAACCAUAUUUUUGAUUGACUGGAGUACCGUAAGUGAUGGGAUAGUCACUUGGAAUCGGUUGAAGUUUGCAACAUUCAAUUUUAAAGAUUUACUUAUGAUGUACUUAAAAAAAAGAUGAUGACCUUUGAGGGGAACUUCUGUGUAAAAUAAGUUAACGGCCCUUUCUUAUCCUUUGAAGUGGCCGAUUUGAAACCAGGGCCAGAAAUUCAAAGCUGGUUGAUAACCAAGAAGUUAGCCCACGAACGCAGAUGUAUUUCCGAGCGCUAUCGCUUGUCAAAGUAACUUAUCAGGAGGGAGAGAAGCGACAACCGGAAAUACUUCUGGCAUUCGGGCCAAGAGGAAGCUUGUUUCACUAAUGUUUCUUGAUUUUGUUUUUAUUAAAAUUUGCGUACGUAAUAACAACACUCAAACAACGGGAUCGGAAAUAACAGUAGUUUUGUAUCAAAAUUAUUUCAAAAUCAAUUAGGACGGGUUGUGUGGACAGGACAGGUUUUCCUAAUAGUAAGUUAUUUAUUGAAAGGUUGAAAACGUCCUAAACGACAUGUAAAUAGUUUGUAAAAUAACUGGCUCGCUAGAAGACUGAAAAAUACUAUCAAAUAUAAAAAAUUGAAAGAAAUGUGAU